AUGUUGAAACUACUUGUUAUUAGAGACCGAAAUAUCGAAGAUAUCCUAUACUUAGAAUACAACUCCAGAUAUAUCUGUAUAGUGAAUAUAUAUUUUGAAAUUUUAAUAAAACGAAAUUAGAAGUUGCAUGAUGAAAUGUAAUUCAGAAAAUUGAUGUUUAUUGCUACCUUGCGAUUGAAUUUUGCAUCGGCAUAGACGGCGCCACUUUCGGACUCAGUUUUAGUAGCUGGACUACAUUUUUAUCUUUAAGCUGUGUUCACGAUGAUUCUACGUCAAUUUUUUCGUUCAAUACAUACAAAUUAUGUACUUUGCUACACAUCAAAAAAAACAUUGUUAAGCAAAUUGCGCAAGAAAACUGGAUAUACAUUUGUAAAUUGUAAAAAAGCUUUAGAGUUAAAUGACAAUGACAUAGUAAAAGCUGAACAAUGGUUAAGGGAACAGGCUCAGGCUCAAGGAUGGUCUCAAGCAAUGAAAUUAAAAUCCAGGACGACUUCUCAAGGAUUAAUAGCAAUGAUCAUUAAUAAUAAUCAUGGAGCUCUUGUAGAAAUUAAUUGUGAAACAGAUUUUGUUGCAAGAAAUAAGAAGUUCUAUGAGCUAACAGAGAUCAUACUUGCUGCUGUAUUAAAACAUGGAAUGACAAUUGAACAGGAUUCAUUAAUCAAGAAAACUAUAUUAUGUACAGAAGCAAUAAGUAAAUUAUAUGCAGAUGAUGGUAAAAGUUUAAGUGAUCAUUCUGCUUUAACUAUUGGACUUAUAGGAGAAAAUAUUAAUAUAAGGCGUGCAUUAUGUAUGAGUGUACAACCAAGUGUACAUCUAUAUGGUUGCAUACAUCCUACUUCUGUAAACCCAGUAUCUUCAUUAUUUGGACGAUAUGGAGCAUUCGUGGUUUUAAAAUCUGAUAAAAAGAAAAAUACUUUGGGAAUGCAACUUUGUCAGCAUAUUAUUGGCAUGAACCCAACCAAAAUUGGUGAUGCAAAGGUAGAUCAGCCCCAUGAUAAUGUAGAUGACGAACCUGUUAUGCUGUAUCAAGAAUUUUUAUUUGAUCCUAGUAUAUCUAUACAGCAGUUAUUGCAAAGUGAGCAGACUGAAAUCUUGGACUUUGUACGCUUUGAAAUGGGUGAAACACUCGAAGACAGACAAGAAUUGGAUUCUGUAGAAACUUGUGGUUAAAACGAUUGGAAUUCGUUUAAUAGAUCUAUAUAUUAUAUCUUGUACAUAUUU